CUUACCGGCCCUAAUGGCUCCCAACGGCUCCCAACAGCCGCCCGGAAGGGCUCGGCUCGCAUCCGGCGCCGCCGUGACGCCAUGCCGGGGAGGCGGAGUGCCUGCCGCCAGUAACGGCCCUUGUUGGGGGGUUGUUGAGUUCUUUAUUUUUGGGGGGUUUCUUUUCGUUUCGGGAUGGCUGCGGCCGGCAGGGAGGCGCUGUCGCAGGAUGAGCUCCGCAAAAGGCUGUACCAGGCUUUUAAGAAGCGAGGGGUGCUGGACACGCUCAAGAAACGCGUGCUUCCUGAACACAAGUGCCUUUCGGUAGUCUCAGGCUCUGUCAGGAAGACACAGCUCCGAAAACAGCUAAUCCAUGAACUGAUGCACCCAAUUUUAAGUGGAGAACUUCAGCCACAGACUGUUACAAGUGAUGACAGUUCACUUUUGAUCACGGCUUCCAACAGUUUGGUGGUAGAUCAUCUGCAGAGAUGUGGCUAUGAGUAUUCGCUUUCUGUCUUCUUUCCAGAAAGUGGAUUAGAGAAGAAGAAGCUGUUGUCUGUGCAAGAUCUUCUUCAAUUAAUGAGAAUCAAUCCGAAAUCCAAUUUUUACAAAUCACUGACUUUGGGAACUCAGAAGGAAAAUAAAGGUUUUCUCAUGCAGAUUUUGAUGGGACUUACAGAGCAUCAUCUAAGUAAGGAAAGUCGUGACACAGAAACUCAGACAACCUCAACACCUCCUUACAGAGACUCUCUUGCUGAGAAGCUUCAGCUGAUUGAUGAGCAGUUUGCAGGCUCCUAUCCCCAGCAUUAUAAGUAUGAAUCUUUAGAAGCAAAACUUCAUGAAUAUAGGAAAGAAAUAGAGAAGCAGCUUCAAGCAGAAAUGGCUCAAGAGCUAGAACAUUUUAAAGAAGUUGAAAUAGCAAAGAUUAAAAUGGAGGAGAAAGCGCAAACCCACAAAGAAAUCUCUGAGCUACGGUAUGAGUUAGAAAGAACACAUCAAGCAAAGGCUGAAGCCUUGAUUUCUCGUGAAAAGAAUGCUAUUGAGAGGCUUCAGAAACAGCAAGAGAUAGAAGCAAAGGAAGUGUAUGCUCAGAGACAGAGUCUGCUGAAAGAUAUCGAAGUCAUGAGGACAAGAGAGGCAGAACUGAAGCAAAGAAUCGAGGCAUUUGAAAUCACUCAGAAACUUCAGGAAGAGAAAAAUAAAACUAUUGAUGAUGCACUUCGACGUCGGGAGGUUGCUGUGAAGAACAUAGAGGAGUCUUAUGACCAGAAGCUUAAGACUGAACUUCUAAAAUAUCAGCUUGAAUUAAGAGAAGAAUACAUAUCCAGAACUAAUAAAGUUUCUGAAGAUGAGAAAAAAAAUAAAGAGAAGGCUAUGCUUUUGCAUGAAGAAGCCGUUGCUAUUAAUUCAAAAAAGGAGGAACUCAAGCAAGCUGUAUCGCGCACAAAAGAGCUUGAGCUGGAUUUGGAGUCAGUGAAAGCUCAGGUUCUGUUGGUAAAUAAACAGAAUCAGCUGUUGACAGAAAAACUGAAAGAGGUGUCAGACUAUCCUUUGCUAAAGGAGGAGAAACUGGAGCUCCAAGUGCAGAAUAAACUACUUAGGCAACAGCUGGAUGAGACUCGCAGUGAGAACCAGCAUCUUCGAGACAAAUUGUCCCAGCCCUCAGUGGAGCACCUGGCCUGCCAGGCAGAGCUGAGGAGGGUAGAACGUUCCAGGAGGCUGGCACUAGAUGAAUUUGAAAGUGAUAAGCAGUUUUUGGAAAAGCAGCUACAAAGUGAGGUUGAGCGUGCUGCCCAGUUAAAGACCCAACUGUUGGACUCUGAAGCUACUGUAAGGAAGUUAAAUGUGCAGGUUGAGGAACUGAAACUACAGUUGAAACAAACACAGGCAGCUCUGGAAAAUGAAGUGUAUCGGAACCCCAAGCCUUCGCUUGUUGAUCGUUCUGUCAUUGACUUCAUUGAUGAUAGAAUUGUACCUCAUGAUAUCUAUGUGGACAGCACAUUCCUGAAGAAUCCCGUUAUGAGUGAUGUCGUGAAGGGAAAUGCUGUGCCAAGAGUUGGCUACCGUCAGCAGUUACAGACGCGCAGUGCUUCUCCAGAUUCUGACCUGGAGUGUAUGGCGCAAACCCGGGCUAGAAUAAAAGAACUAGAAAAAGAGGCAGAGUAUUUGGAAGAAGCCUACAGAAACUACCAACACAGAGUAAUGCAGGAUACAGCUGCAAGCAGAACACCGAGAAAGAUGCAGUCCCCUUUACUUCUACAGUGUGCUGUUGGUAGAGCCCCCUUGACUACACAGCAUGAACUUUUAGAGGAUAAUCCUAGCUCCCAGCAUUCCCCUGUGAGCAGUCCGAGAGGUGAAAAAUACAUUGGAAGAUCUGGGCAGCCUGAUGGCUUUAAAAAUCCUUCAACGCCACCACACAGAGGAACACCUUCUUCAAGAUGCCUUUCUUCUACUCCUGUUUCCAAAUUGGAAAGAGUUCUUAGUAAUAAGAAACUUUCAGAUGACAUUAGUGACUUGUACCUUGCCUCUUCCCAGCAGAGUGUUGACCAGGUGCUUUCUCCUAUUUCAAAGCCACACGUCCUUUCAUGUUCUGAGUCUGUUUCUUCCUCACCAUCCAGUCACAGAGAGAAAAUCAGACUUCAGAAUCAACAAAUAGAUAACCAAGAUUUGAGCAGUAACCCCAAACCAGAGAAACUACUAUACGAGGACCUUGAAGAACACGUUUCUUCUCUUGAAUAUCAGGGGGACAUUCCAGAGCAGUGUGAAAGUGAUGUCUUGCAUCCAUCUGGGGACGUUGUCAAUGAAAACCAUGUCGCAACCACUAUGCAAGCAACAGCCACUUCGCUGCAGGACUUAACUGUGUUGGAUCAAAGACAGAUUGAAGAACAAAAUAAAGAAGACAAAAACUGUGAAGAGGAAAGGAGAACCAGAGAAGAAAGGAGAGAGAAAGAACAACAGGAAGCUUUGGAGAGAGAGCAAAACGAAGCGGAACAGCUGAAGAAAGAGACGUGGAUCCAAGAUUCGAUGAAAAUAGAUGAAGAAAAAGAAGAUAAAGAGGGAGAAAAAUUUGAAAAUGGUAAUUCUGCUGCUGAAGAUAUUGUAAAGGAUUCUACUCCAAAUCCAUUAGAAAAAUACAUGAAAAUAAUUCAGCAGAGAAGAGAGCAGGAACUGGCACACCAGGAUUCAAAAAAAGAAGAAAUACAAGAAAUAUCACUCACAGAGGGAAUUACAUCGAGUGAAAAAGAUGACAGUGCUGCAGGCAUUUCUCAUGGAGAUGAUGAUGAAAGCUUCUGGUGAACAGCAGCAACUGUUUUUGUUUUUCUUUUUCUCUUUUAACUACAAUAAAAUGUUUUUAAAACAGCUUUCUGGUCGUAAAUGAAGUUGUAAUAAAUGCUAGGCACAGGAGUUGCAGGCUCUAUAAUCAUAAAUGAGUAAGGCUGCUAUUGAAAUCUUAACCACUUUAGUCACUGAAUUUAAAUAUUGAGUCUAUAUGUGUUACUCUUCCAGCAGGAGGCCCUUGAGCAUAGUGAGAGGAAAGGACAAAGCUGUGUAAAGAAAUGAAUCCGUAUGUUCAGGUAGCUGUGCUUGACCUUGAAUUCCUAGAAAUGUCCACAGCUUUUGAAAUGUUGUUCCUCCUCUCCUGUUCCCCACCAAGUGUAACAAACAGUAGGUCAAAGUAACAACUGAACUUUUUUAUUACACUGAGGCUAUCUCAUGUUUUUAAAGAUAUCCCGUAGAAACCCCUGGCUUGUGCUUUUUUAGAGAGCAGAGACAGAACCACAUUAACUUGUCCUUUUUACUGCUACAGCAGGAGAAACAAACACUUUUAAAAGCAGCCUUUUCUCAUGCUUUGUUAGUGUUAACCAGCCCAGAACCGAGAGAUUCAAAUAAAAAAUGCUAUUUAACUCAUCUUUAUUUAAGCUUUGCAUUUCGUAGGUAGAUUAAAGGCAAGAUCAUUAAACUUUAUUUACAGUAUAAAAUACAGUAUUUUUUAUCGAUGAAGUAAUUUUGGGCGGCAGCAUAUAGUACAACUUGCACUGCAUUGGAGGCUGCUUACCUUGACCUAACUACAGGAACAUGAAGCCAAGUUUGACAGAAUUUAGGGGCAAAACUGAAGCUCCCUCUGGAAUUCAUUGGAGGUUGAAAUGUGGUGUACCAUAAAUGAGACACACUUUCUUUUUUAAAUUAAGACAAAAUAUUUAGGGGAUAGUCUAAUUUUACAUGCUGCUGAAUUAAUUUUAUGUUGCAGCAAAAAUGGAAUUUACAAAGUUCCUCAGAAAUUCGUUCUGUCUGAUGUCAAGCACGGGCUGAAUAGUGCUUGUUGCUUUAUGCUGCCCUGGAACAACUAUCAGUAGUUAAUGCUAGAAAAACUUACCAUGCUGAAGCAUACACCUACAGGGCAGCCUUUCGCAGUACGUUAUCAAAUGGACAAUAUUGAACAGAAUGUGUUUAACUUCAGAUAGAGAUAUAAAACAGAGAUGCACUAGUAUAGAGUAGCUGUAGGUCUGUUUUAAAAUAAGCAUACACAAGUGUUGUCUAUUAUCUACAAAUAUUUAUUUUAACACUUGGGUGUAACUACAGGAAGCCCUUGGCACUGAUAGAAAAUAUUGAUUCACUGUUAGGUUACAAAAAUUUAUACAUAGCAAAAUUUAAUGCUCUUUACAUAAAAAUAUUAGACUACUUAAACAAAACUUCAAAAACUCCCAGUAAUAGCUACACUGAAUUAGAAAAGAAUUAGGCUUUAAGACACUGCCUCCAUUAUUACCCUUAUGCAAACACUGGGCUAGAACAUCACCUGCUUUGCUGUAGAAAUGUCUCCUUCAUGCAACAGGUAAGAACAUACACUAGGCUAUUUUGUCAUAUUUGCUCUACACUGAUCAACUUUGCCCCCUUUUUAAACUGUCAAAUUAGACUUCAAUAUUAAACAGAAAAAUUAUAGCUGAAGUUAAUACCCCCCAAAAUGCCUUUUCUCUUAAUGCUGACGUAAAAGAAGUUUUGUGCUUCCUUUGACUUACUUAUAUUCAGCAAACAGUCAAAACGAUCAAACCACACGUCAGCUUAACGUGGGUAUGACUUGAAUAUUCAAUUUUUUUCAAAUGACUGAUGUAUUUUACUUUUCCCCCAACAUUUAUAUAUAUAUAUAUAUAUCAUAUAGAACAAACACCAAAUAUACCAUCACUAAUACUCAAGAUAUCACUGAAAGCUUCUGAAAUAAACAUUAAUUAGAAGGCAGACUUCUAUGGGAAAUGCUUUAAAAUGGCACCAGUUUGUGUUGUUGUUUUUUUUCUGAACACCACGUUUUCUUAAUGUGCUAAUUAAUUUGUAAAAAGGAAAACACAUAAGCACUGACUAUAAAUUUGCUAAGCACCAAGAUAGAGAAAAGGUGGACAUCCUGUAUUCUGCUUUAUGGCUGUCAUUUUUAUUGUGUAAAACUCUGCAAACUUCGUCAUCUGCUCGUUUGGAGUAGUCACAUCAGUGUCAUUUUAAUAAGGUAACACUUUUCACUUAAAAUGAAGGAUAAUGGUCUCCUGCCACUAUAUAAAUGCUAAGACAUUUAUAGAAAAUAAAUAUUAAGGCAAAGCUGACAUUUAUUUUCAAAGAAGGGGAUCAUUAUCCAGAUCCAAGCAUCUACAUUCCAUUAAAUAGUUAAUAAAAAGAUUAAAACUUGGGACAUCUGCUCAACACUCAGGUAAGCACAGGAGAGUGACUGUUUCAUCGUAAAAAACUGUGGCACAAAAGUAGAUUGCUGUUCCUGUGGCCCAUGUAAAGAGUGUUCAAAGGCUGCCCUAUUAUGACUUAUAAAACGCUGCAACUGUGCUUCCAAAUAAGCACAGGCUAUCAGAAAUCUUAGCCAGCCACAGUUCCAUUUGGUAUAUAUACUGAGGAGAUACUAAAUCACACAUCUUACACAUGCCUUUGUCUAAGGUCUGUACAAACAUUUACUGCUUGCUGGUUUGGAGCACCUGCCACAGUUUUGUGCAGGAAUUCAUGCUGCAUGUCAAAUAGUAAAUUCUGAACGUCUCAAAGUAGAAUAAUUUGGUCACUUAUUGUGAAGUGUUGCCUUUUAAAAUGCCUGGAAUAAAACCUCCAUUCUCUGCGUGAGAUGGAAGAUUACCCAUGGGAAGAUUUCCCUAUGAAUGUGUUCCAGGAGCUUGAACGUGAAGCUUUUACACUUCUCUAUAAUUUUGUUUGGUAGACACACAUCUGUACUGCAGAGCAGCUAUUUGUUGAUUUGUCAGAGCUACAGAAUUCUUCUGCUGAAUUACUGUGGCAAACAUUUAUGUGUAAGAAUUGAGUUGCUCUUUUGACCGAGACUGGAUAUCCUGAAGCUCCUGCUCUUCUUUUGCUUUGAUAUCUUGGUAGGCCUGCAUUUUGCUUGCAUCCUUUAAGUAGGCCCAGUUAGAAGACAGUAUCAUGAGGAAGUGGAUCUGGAAGAGAAGGGUGAGCAUGAUGGCUAGUGAGCAUGUCAAGAGGCAAAGCAAGCUGCUAGUUAGAUUAAUAGACGCUCUUUACAAUAAUGACCAAAAAAAAGUUAUUCUACGUUAAUAAGCAUUCUGUUAUUAAAACAAGCACAGAGGCUAUUUUCAAAGAUCUCUAGAAUUUUGCAUGCUAAUAUUUAGGUUGGUUAUUCACAACUUAGAGAAAGUUAGUACAACAGCAAUAAAAUGAGCUGAAGAGUUGUACGGAUCAAUUAAAAUGAAGAAUGGGGAGAAGCGGGAAAAAAAACUUUUAUACGUGGCAAUUUAGAUCCUACGUAAACUAAGAGGUGCUCAGAAGAACUGGUUUCUAAGGUUGUGGUGUUUAUGUAUAUUCAAGCCCAGCUCCUGGUAAUUCUUUUCCCCCAACAAGCAGAUGAGAAUUCCACCCUCCCCCUGGAAAAAGCCUGAAAUUGUAAACAGUUUUAUUUACGUGAACAAGGCUACAUUAACACAUUGAAAAAUUAAACAACAAAACACGAGUCCAAAACUAAGCAAAAGCAUGCAAUCUCUGGGUUAAGAAGUCUUAAUCAUGUAUUGUUAUAACUACAUUUUAAUCUCCCAUUGUCUAACUUCAGGUGAAAAGUUUUACAUCAUAAUUAGCUUUUUUUUUUUUUAUUGUGUGGAUUUUUCCUGGUUUUUGAAUUCAUCUCUUCCCAACAUCUUUUCACCACACUUCAUGCAAAAAAUCUACAUCUGAACACAUUAAUUCACUUUUUAUUUUUUCCCCCCAACAGUGUAAAAAUGUCUCUAUGAUCUAUGCAUGGUUUUGCUUCCCGUGCAGUCAUACUUACAUUUUUGAGAUCUGGCUACUGAGAAAUCAGUUACUAAAGUGCAAGCCAUACAAGAACAGAAACUAUUUAUAUGCUAUUUCUUACAAGUUUAGGGUCCAAAACCAGAAUGUGAUUGUUUUACGCAGAGCUAAUACAAGGAUGUAUUUCCUUCCAGAGAGAGCAUGAUUUGGCAGUUAUUUGAAAAU